AUGUUACCUGUUGCCAUUAUCAAUGCCAUGUUAGUGGGCUUGGCUACUGCAAAACCAUCACUAAAUUUGGAAAAUCACUUUUCCAUGGAGAACAAUUCUGAAGAAGUGCAUUCAGCUGCUAUUAAGAGGCUCCUGGAGGUUUUUGGUAUGGAGGACCCUCCUCUCCUCGAGGGCGAUAAGCAGCCACCUCAGUACAUGAUCAACGUGUACAACACAGUCAGAGAUGUGGACGACGUUACCAAGGACCCCUACCUUCUGGGGGGGAAUACAGUUCGCAAUUUCUUUAACAAACAUACGAAUGAACAAGUGGAGUUCCUGUUCAAUGUAUACACAGUGGCCAGGAGUGAGAAGGUUUUAACUGCUGAGUUACAUCUCUUCAAACUGCAGCCCCAGGCCUCCAACAGACAUCACUUCUGUCAGGUCAGUGUCUACCAUCUCAUAGAUUGCAGCAAAAUGAACAUAACGAAGGGUAAGAAGCUGUUGUCUUCUACACUGAUCCCUGUCCACUCCACUGGCUGGGAGGUGUUUACCAUUAUACAAGCUAUAAGUUCCUGGAUGGUUGAAGAGGGCAGUAACCUGGGUCUGCUGGUGACAGUGUGGACCCUAGGAGGAAUCCAGAUGGAUCAGAAGACUGUAGACCGCUACCGGAGCGCCAAGUCUAGGACCAUGAGGAUCCUCACCAGCUUCUACCCCCAAGCCAUAAGACUGCUGAACAAUUAA